AAGAAAAAAAGCCUUAGGCCGGAUGGGACAUGGGCAUGGCUGACACUUCUGGUUGCAGAGUAAGGCGUGUUCAAUAAAUCUUUUACCCAGGAUACUGCAGACGAUUGGUUCCAAAGUUCAAGGGUAAGAAAAAGCAGAAGCACGGAGCAGAGUGAAGAACCAGAGGAGGACGAAGUGAAAGACAACUGUCAAGGUGAUUCAUUUGUGAAUUUAUAAAGAAUUCAGACAUUGGUGUCAACAGGAAUUAAGACAGAACUAGACCAAACAUGGGAGAUAGUCCGAAAGGCAACUCUGGGGACUUUGCUAGGAAAGUCCAAAGACAGCUGAGCAGAGGCAAAGAAAAGGUGCUGCAAAAGCUGGGAAAGGCUGAAGAGACCAGAGACGACCAGUUUGAAUUUUAUCACCAGCUCUUUUGUGACCAGCAGGCUGAUGGGAAUCGUAUAUACAAAGACCUGAGGAACUACGUUAACUCAGUGCGAGACAUGCGUGAGGCAUCAAGGCGCCUUUCCAUGUCACUGUUUGACGUUUAUGAAAACGACUGGGUGGGAGAGGAAGACGUGGGAGCCAUUGUAGAGGGGGAGGAUCUCCUGUGGAAUGACUACGAGGUGAAGAUAUUAGAUCAGGCCAUACGCACCAUGGAGUCCUAUGUAUGCCAGUUCCCAGAUGUCAAGGAGAAAAUUGCAAAGAGAAGAAGAAAACUGGUGGACUAUGACUCGUCCCGUCACCAUCUGGAGGCGCUGCAGACUGCAAAGAAGAGGGAUGAUGUCAAGAUAAAUAAGGCAAAGGAAGAGAUGAUUAUCACCAAAAGUAUCUAUGAAGGCAUCAACAGUGAGCUAAAACACGAGCUGCCUGUGCUUUUUGACAGCCGUAUUGGAUGUUACGUCGCCGUCUUCUCAGCCGUGUCAAACCUACGAGAAACUUUCUAUAAAGAAAUGUGCACGCUCAAUUUUGAUCUGCAGAAUGUGAUGAAGGAGCUGCAGGCUCAGCAUCCCGACAAAGAGUUUGCGGUGAAAGGAAUGCAGCGUCACGGCUCCCUGAGGAGACGGACCCUGAUGUCCCCCAGGGCUUGGAAAUCCAGUUUCUCUGACUUUCACAGAGGCUACAAUCCUAAAUCGUCUGGCCAAAGGUUUAGCCUGAGGUCCCCAGACAAACCUCGCCGCAGCACUCUGUCCAGAGAGAGCAGCACCCUCGCCGUCUCCCCGCAAACUCCAACUCUGUUGAACCCCUCGCGCGAUUCCAGGGACAUGGAUGCUGAAUCGAGCCAUAGUGAGAUCCACAGCUAUGCUGCACGGGACGACAAUGCAGCAGGGACGUCUGGAGGUGAGAUGAAGUCAGGAGACGACAUCAAUAAAGUGGAAGAGGAGAAUGUAGAGAAAGGAGAGGUGCCAGAGACUGAGCCUCCCGCAGAAUGUGAUGAUAAAGGAAACGGUCGGAAAGCUCCAGCCAGUGACAGCAGCUCCGAACUGAACAACUCGUAUGAGUCAGAGAGUUUGGAUCUGCAGCUGUCUCCUGCAGACAACGGCCCUCUGCACAUCGAAGAAAGAGAAGACAGCCCAGUAAUCCUCAACUCUCCUAAAUCAAAUGGCCUGGAGAAUGGUGAAGUAUCUGGAUUCAACACUGACACUAAGGACCUGAAUUUGAAGGAUGCUCCUGCAGAAACCCGAGACCCAAAAAGCACAGAGGUUUAACUUUUGACGUAAGAAGCACAGAGGAGACUCAAGUGAACAGCUGCACAAGAGAGAAAAAUGUCUGGAUACAGCUGUACUGAAAUGUCCAACUGGUGUCAUGAAUGAUGUCCUGUGCUGAGACAUAUUGCUGUUAGAUUUAAGAAAUAUAUGUUAUAUUUUAUUUAAUUAAAUUGCAGAUACAUAGAUUUCACUAUAAUUAUUGAAAUAGCCUUCUCUUGUUUCAGGUUUUAAAAUCAGUUUGUCUAAUGUUGCACUAUUAGGUUUACAUUACAUAAAAUUUUGGCUUCGGUUUCAGUUUCACAGAGAACAGAGUUGAACUCCAUGCAAAUGUUGCCUUUGACCAAAAGAGUGGAUUUAAACUGACAUUUUAGGUUUUUUUUUUUAUCCUUUAUAUUUGAUGGCAGGGAAUUCAUUUUGAGCUUGAUUUCUUAAUGAUAUGCUCGAUCCUUUCUACUCACAAAAUUUGAGUUCACUAUUUCAUGUACACCUAAGGCUUAGAUAUAUAAUUAUUGUGGGAAAAUGUUUUCAUUAUAACAUAAAUAAAUAAUACAAAUGUUUAAUUAAA